CAACACCUCUCCAAAACCCCCUUCCUCUCUGUUCUUCCCUCCCUCUAGAAUUUUGCUCUCUCUCUCUCUCUCUCUCUCAAUUACAUAUAUAACAUUCAUGCUUAGAAUUUGGAUUAUUGAUGUUUGAUCAGAGUAUUCAUGUCUCCUGUACUAAGUGAAAUCCUCCUUUCUGGGUUCACCAUAAACUCCACCCUUCGCCGCCGAUCUCAUUUAGUCCAAUCCUUCUCUGUCUGCUUCCUCUACUGGUUCUACGUCUUCUCAUGAUCCAACCCAACCCAACCCACAUAUAUAUAUAUAUAUCUGAAUAGUAGUAUCUCAUUAAUAUCGUUAAUUUUUAUUUAAAUAUAUUAUUAUCUAUAUAUCAUGGCCUCUCCUAGUGCAAUUUCUUCAGAGUCAACUCAGUUUCAGACCUCGGGUUCUGAGCAAGAUCAACAAAUCAUGGACCAGAGGAAGCGAAAACGAAUGGUUUCGAACCGCGAAUCGGCGAGGCGAUCGAGGAUGAGGAAACAGAAGCACGUGAACGAUCUCAUGGCUGAACUGGGUCGACUCAGGGAAGAGAAUAGUUGUGUUUUUACGAGGGUGACUGGGAUGACUCAGCUGUGCAUGAAUUUUGAAGCCGAGAACUCGGUUCUAAGAGCUCAGGUGGCUGAGUUGACUCACAGGUUGGACUCUCUCAAUGAGAUCAUGGAAUGCUUGAGCACCAACAACAACAAUGGAGUGUUUGAAGGGUCUUAUGAUCGGAUGAUCAACGAUGGUGAUGAUUUCUUGAACCCGUGGAAUUUGCUUUACGUGAAUCAACCCAUCAUGGCUUCUGCAGAUAACAUGCUCAUGUACUCAUUCUGAUUCUGAUUCAUAAUCUGGAUAU